AAUCAAUGUAAAAUAAAAUAAUACAACAGAAAGUAGCGUUUGCUUUCUAUUGCAUAUAUAGUGGAUGCAGUAACUUCUUAGGACUCUGAGCGCCGCUGUUCACCUACUAGGAGAAAAAUGGAGCUGAAGCUCAAUCCGGUUUCUCAGGGCUCCAACUACACAAAGCCCCGCAGUUCCUACAAUCCGGCUCGCCGGCUGCAGCGAGACUCACUCCAGAAUUUAAGGUGCGCAGCUGACAGUACAGAGACUGUACUGUACAGAAAGAAAAAGGAACCAGUUGAAACAUACACGGUGUCCAGUGAGGACUUUGCGAGAAUUCCGUGACUACAACAAUGGCUGCUCAAAGGAAGAGCCCCGCCUGCAGCGAGCUGAUCCUGCUCUGCCUUUUCUUCGGGAUGCCUUGGGAGGCCAGAGCCCGGCAGAUCUACUACUCAGUUCCUGAGGAAAUAGAGAAAGGCUCUUUCGUUGGCAACGUCUCCAAGGACUUGGGGCUGGAGCCCCGAGAGUUGACGGAGCGCGGAGUCCGCAUCGUUUCCAGAGGUAGGACGCAGCUCUUUGCUCUGAAUCCGCGAAGCGGCAGCUUGGUCACCGCUGGCAGGCUAGACCGGGAGGAGCUCUGCGCUCAGAGCCCGCGGUGUCUAGUUAGUUUUAACAUCCUUGUGGAAGAUAGGGUAAAACUUUUCGGGAUAGAAAUAGAAGUAACUGAUAUCAACGAUAAUGCCCCGAAAUUCCAGGCAGAAAAUCUAGACAUAAAAAUUAAUGAAAACGUUGCUCCAGGCAUGCGUUUUCCUCUCCUGGAAGCUAUUGAUCCUGAUGUGGGCGUGAACUCUCUACAGAACUACCAGCUCAGCCCCAAUAAGCACUUCUCCUUAGCAGUUCAGAGCCGUGCCAGUGGCGUCAAGUACCCGGAGCUGGUGCUGGAGCUCGCCCUAGAUCGCGAGGAAGAGGCGGUUCACCACCUGGUCCUCACCGCUUCCGAUGGGGGUAACCCUCUCCGAUCUGGCACUGUCCUUGUCAGUGUAACUGUCUUCGAUGCAAAUGACAACGCCCCGGUCUUCACUUCGCCAGAAUACCGAGUGAGUGUUCCUGAGAACAUACCUGUGGGCACUCAGCUACUGACGGUCACCGCCACCGACAAGGAUGAAGGAGCCAAUGGAGAAGUGAUCUAUUCAUUCCGAAAACUACCUGACACGCAAUUGGUGAAAUUCCAACUAAACGAAUAUACUGGAGAAAUAAAAUUAUCAGAAAGUCUAGAUUAUGAAGAAACGGGUUUCUACGAAAUAGAAAUACAAGCUGAAGAUGGAGGAGCAUAUCUAGCAACUGCGAAAGUAUUGAUUACAGUGGAAGAUGUAAAUGACAACAAUCCAGAGGUGAUCAUCACAUCUCUGUUUAGUCCAGUAUCUGAAGAUGCGCCUCUGGGAACUGUCAUUGCCCUGUUGAAUGUGCAUGAUUUAGACUCUGAGCAGAAUGGACAGGUAACCUGUUCCAUCUCAGGGAAUCUACCAUUUAAGUUAGAAAAAUCCAUCGAUAGUUAUUAUAGAUUGGUGACACACAGAGGCCUUGACAGGGAGCAGGUAUCCUCUUAUAAUAUAACAGUAAGAGCUACUGAUGGGGGAAGUCCACCUCUGUCAACACAAACUCACUUGACCCUGCAACUGGCAGAUAUCAAUGACAACCCACCUUCGUUCUCUCACAUCUCCUACUUCACCUAUAUCCCAGAGAACAAUGCCAGGGGUGCCUCCAUCUUUUCAGUGACAGCCUUGGACCCAGAUAGUGAAGAGAAUGCCAGGGUUGUCUACUCCCUGGCUGAAGAUACCAUACAGGGGGCACCUCUAUCCUCAUAUAUUUCCAUCAAUUCAGACACUGGUGUCCUGUAUGCACUCAGAUCUUUUGACUAUGAGCAAUUUCGUGAUAUACAGAUGCAAGUGACAGCCAGCGACAGUGGGAACCCACCACUCAGUAGCAACAUGUCACUAAGCCUGUUCAUACUGGACCAGAAUGACAAUGCACCUGAGAUCCUAUAUCCAGCUCUCCCUACUGAUGGUUCUACUGGCGUGGAGCUGGCACCACGUUCCGCGGAGCCCGGCUACCUGGUGACUAAGGUGGUAGCAGUGGACAGAGACUCAGGACAGAAUGCCUGGCUGUCCUAUCGCCUGCUCAAGGCCAGUGAGCCAGGGCUCUUCUCAGUGGGGCUGCACACAGGUGAAGUCCGCACCGCUCGAGCUCUGUUGGAAAGAGAUGCACUCAAGCAGAGCCUUGUGGUGGUGGUCCAGGACCAUGGCCAGCCCCCUCUCUCUGCCACCGUUACGCUUACAGUGGCUGUAGCUGACAGCAUCCCAGACAUCCUGGUGGACCUGGGGACUCUGGAAUCUCCCGCCAACCCAGAUGACUCAGGCCUCACGCUGUACCUGGUGGUAGCAGUGACAGCUGUCUCCUGUGUCUUUCUUGCCUUUGUCAUCGUACUCCUGGCCUUCAGGCUGCGGCGCUGGCAUUCAUCACGCCUACUCCAGGCUUCCAGAGAUGGAGACGGAUUGGCGGGUGUGCCCACCUCACAUUUUGUAGGUGUGGAUGGGGUGCGGGCCUUUCUGCAGACCUAUUCCCACGAGGUCUCCCUCACCACAGACUCGCGGAAGAGUCAUCUGAUCUUCCCACAGCCCAACUAUGCAGACACACUCAUCAGUCAGGAAAGCUGUGAGAAAAAGGAUCCCUUGUCUUUGUUGGAUGAUUCAAAGUUUCCUGUAGAAGAUACCCCUUUGGUUCCAACACGUUUUUUGCUUACCUCUGGCACUUCCAGCUUUAUGGAUAAUUACUCUUUUUUUAAAAAAAGGAACAACAGUGAUUGCCUCUGGAUGGAAGAAUUGGACAGUAAUGGGCCAUUGGAGAGGAGACCUACAGAUCUUCACUCUGUUCUUUUUUGCCUUAUUUAGUUUAAUAUUCAAAUUUAUGUAAAUCUUAAUAUAUAAAA